CAUCCACUAGCUGUCCCUUUAAUCGAAGCGGCCAUUACACCGCGGCGUGGAGCAGGGGAAACGCCGAGGAUACGGCAGCGGGUGCCGUCGGAAGAGGAUCCUGUCCUCAAGAGAUAAAGGAGCCGGUGUGCGGAUACUGUUUCUUUUUGAGGCUCGCUUCUGGAUUUCGGAAGGAACCGCAAGGCCAGCCCACUACGACCGCCCCUCCAACACACACACACUUCAGAAUCGUCUUCGCGCACUCGGAGGCACUCGCCGGGCAAGAUAGCAGAUUCGACUUGGUUUCUCGCGGCCACCGAUGCAUCUUGUGUAAUAUGUUUAGAUAGAAUAUGGACAUGUACGGGGACAUAUAACCUACUUUUAGUAUCUAAGAUACGGCGUUCGUCACGCGUAACAGAAGAAUUUCACCAUUUAACAAAGGAUCAGUAGACAGCGCCUGAUGUUUGUCACUAUUUUAGGACCCAGUGAUGACUAGAAGUAAUUUUUCAAGUCGAAAGUUCUACCAAUUGCAGUAGGCUAGGCUUUGCGUGUUGAAGAACAAAUUAAACUGCGAACUGGUGAUACAAUUUGAAACGCAGCACGGAUAACUCGACUUCCACCGUGGAUUUAAAGGCAAACCGGACUUGACAGCUGUGUUGCCGAAGACCCUGAUCCACAGUCCUGGAUUGAUGCGUUAACGGGCCUGUCGGUGCCGGGCCACCGAGGAAAGGAGAGCCAUGGCCGGCUUUAUACCGGGGUUACUUCCGACCAGUCAUACGCAGGAGAUGGAAUUCGCCCAAGCGUAUGAAGAUGUGUUGGAGCGAUAUAAAGAUGAACGAGACAGGGUGCAGAAGAAGACCUUCACGAAAUGGGUCAACAAACACCUGAUAAAGGUUCGUAAGCACAUCACAGACCUGUACGAGGAUCUGCGAGAUGGACACAACCUCAUCUCACUACUGGAGGUGCUGUCAGGAGUCACACUGCUUAAGGGUGUGUCCACGAUGAGGAGAGUGUGUGUGUCGCGCGCCCCCCCGGUCAUUCUGACGGGGGGCGAGGAGGAGGAUGGAGACCAGGGACCAAGGGAGAAAGGGCGCAUGCGUUUCCACAGGCUUCAGAAUGUGCAGAUCGCCCUGGACUUCCUCAAACAGAGACAGGUCAAGCUGGUGAACAUCCGUAAUGAUGACAUCACAGACGGGAACCCCAAACUCACGCUGGGCCUCAUCUGGACCAUCAUCCUUCACUUCCAGAUCUCAGAGAUUUACGUGAGCGGGGAGUCAGCUGACCUGACGGCGAAGGAGAAGCUGUUGCUAUGGAGCCAGCAGGCGACGGAGGGCUACCCCGGCCUCCGCUGCACCAACUUCAGCUCCAGCUGGAGCGACGGACGCAUGUUCAACGCACUGCUGCACAGAUACAGGCCUGACCUGAUCGACAUGGAAGUGGUGGCACGGCAGAGCAGCCGUGACAACCUCGAGCAGGCCUUCGAGAUCGCCGAGUCGCUCGGGGUAACACGCUUGCUGGACGCAGAAGAUGUGGACGUGCCCUCUCCAGAUGAGAAGUCCGUCAUCACCUACGUCUCUUCCAUCUAUGAUGCCUUCCCCAAGAUCCCAGAGGGAGGAGAGGGCAUCGCCGCACACGACGUGGACCAGCGCUGGGCAGAGUACCAGUCUCGCUUCUCGUCUCUGCUGCAGUGGACGCGCCAGCACACCAGCCUCAUGGCCAACAAAAACUUCCCUCAGAACCCCGUCGAGCUCAAGGCACUUUACAAUGAGUACGUCCAUUUCAAAGAGACAGAGAUCCCCAACAAGGAACUGGAGAAGAGUCACAUUGAGCACCUUUACAAGCUGCUGGAGGUGUGGAUAGAGUUUGGGCGCAUCAAGCUGCCGGCGGGGCUUCACCCUAACGACCUGGAGGAGGCGUGGGGCAAGCUGAUCCUGGAGAUGCUGGAGAGGGAGAAGGCCCUGCGGCCGGCCGUCGACCGGCUCGAGCUCCUGCUGCAGGUGGCCAACAAGAUCCAGAACACGGCGCUGGACUGCGAGGAGAAGCUCACACUCGCCAAAAACACGUUACAGGCGGACAUGUCUCAGCUGGAGAGUGGUGGAAACGUGCGCUGUGAGCAGGAGCUGGCCGUCUACCUGCAGGACUGCGAGUCUCUGAUCCGACAGCUGAACGUGGACCUGCAGAUCCUCCGAGACGAGAAGUACUACCAGGUGGAGCAGCUAGCCUUCAGGAUAUCGUGCCUGCAGGAGGAGCUGGUCUCCCUACGCCUGCAGUGCGCCAGUGUCUACAGGAAAGGACACUUUUCGGCCGGGUUGGUCCCGGGCGAAGCGCCGCUUCAAAGUCGUUCCGGGAGGGAUGCCCUCUCAUUGGCCGGUCAAACCCUGCUGGGCGCCGCAGCAGGCGUAGCCAGCCUCCUUCGACGGCCAAUGAGCCGCUCUGAGCUGGUGGCGAUGUCAUCGUCAGAGGACGAGGGAAGCCUGAGGUUCAUCUAUGAACUGCUCGGAUGGGUGGAGGAAACACAGGACCUGCUGGAACGGGCAGAGUGGGGUGCAGACUUACCUUCUGUGGAGAAGCACCUGGAAGAUCACCACAGCAUACACACAGCUGUCGAAGAGUUAUUGCACAGCCUGAAGGAGGCCAGGAGCUAUGAGUCGAGCGUCUCCCCUAAUUUCCGUAGCAGUUACUCAGAGACCUUAGCCAAACUGGAACACCAGUAUUGCAAAUUACUGGAACACUCGUCGUGGCGACUGCGUUGCCUGGAGAGCCUCCGUGCGUUUGUGUCGCGGUGCACAGAGGAGCUGAUCUGGCUCAACGAGAGGGAGGAGGAAGAGAUCUCCUAUGACUGGAGCGAUAACAACAGCAGCAUGGCGGCCAAAAGGGAGCAAUAUGCUGAGACAAGGGCAGAAGUGGAGGAGAAGCAGGAAGUGAUGCGCUCAUUACAGGAAACAGCAGACCAACUCUGUCUGGAGAAUCACCCAGCCAAACAGACUGUGGAGGCCUACAGCGCAGCCCUGCAGACUCAGUGGCAGUGGGUGCGGCAGCUGUGUGUAUGUGUGGAGCAGCACCUGAAAGACAACACGGCCUACUUCCAGUUCAUGGGUGACGCACGGGACUGUGAGAGUUACCUGCGACAGCUGCAAGACUCCAUCAAGAGGCAGUACACCUGUGACAAGAACAGCAGACUGAGCCGUCUGGAAGACCUACUGCAGGACUCCAUGGAGGAGAAGGAGCAGCUGAUUGAGUACCGCAGCUCAGUGGCCAGCCUAGUGGGCAGGGCCAAGGCAGUGGUGCAGCUCCGCCCCCGUGGAUCAGAGGGAACCCUGGGAACAACCACACCCAUCCGAGCCAUCUGUGACUACCGGCAGAUCGAGAUCACCAUUUCAAAGGGAGAGGAGUGUGUGUUGGAGGACAACUCCCAGCGUACCAAGUGGAAGGUCAUCAGCCCCAGUGGAAAUGAAGCCAUGGUGCCGUCUGUGUGUUUCACCGUCCCACCACUCAACCAGGAGGCCAUCGACACUGCGGGCCGUAUGGAGCAGCUGUACCAGAAUGUGAUGUCUCUGUGGCAUCAGCUGCAUGUCAACAUGAAGAGUGUGGUCUCCUGGCACUACCUGCAGAAGGACAUCAGGAACAUCUCCUCAUGGAACCUGGACACGGUGCGCUCGCUAUCCCCAGCAGAGCGGCAGCAGCCCUUGGACAACCUGGACGCUCACCUGGGAGACUUCCUGUCCGACAGCAAGGAGAGCACGCUUUUCACCCCUGCAGAGAGGCGGGAGCUCGAGAGGGAGGUGGACGACUGCAGGAAACACUGCCAAUCACUGUUUGUCUCUAUGGAGACAGUUGAGAAGGAUGAGUCCAUUUCCCGCUCCUACCUGUCGGAGCUGCAGAGCAUCAAGUCUCACCUGGAGGAGGCGGAGCAGAGGCUGAUGCGUGGCAUGCAGAGCCCGCCCCCUAGCAACCUGAGUGGGGAUGUGGCGGACAACACGGUCCAGAUCGCAGAGCAGGAGAAGCUGCAGCAGGAUCUAUCCGGUCUGCGCACCAACCUGGGCGACGUGUCCCGGCGCUGCGUGAGCUUCUUCGAGGAGAAGCCGUCCUCGUCGUCCGUCCCCAUCCUGCGCUCCGAGCUCAACCUGGCCGUGGAGCAGAUCGACCGGCUCCACUCGCUCUCCUCCGUCUACCUGCAGAAGCUGAAGACGGUGGAUGUGUUGAUGCGUAGUCUGCAGACAGCAGAGUCUCUGGUCAGGAAGCACGAGAGUCGGCUGAGUGAGGAGGACUCUGUACCUGCAGACACACAGGCCAUACAGACACUGAGGGAGCAGCUACAGGGCUGGCAGAAGGAGUUGACCGAGCAGGAGCCGGUGUUCGAGGCGCUAAGCAGCGAGGUCCAGCGAGCCCGCGAGGCCGGACACCAGCUCAGCCAGCUGCACCCUGACCGCAGCCCCGAGCUGGAACGCUGCCAGGAAAGAGCCGGUCAGCUGAGCGAGAGGUGGACCGGCGUCCGCAGACAGAUCGAGACACGGCAAGUGGAGCUGGAGGCGCUGGGCUCUGCGCUGCAGCAGUACAGGGAGAGCCACUCGUCUCUGAUCCGCUGGAUAGAGGAGACCACCGAGCGCCAGGAGAACACGCACCCGGGACAGACCGACAGCAAGGCCCUCUCGGAGCAGCUCGCCCAGCAGACGGCACUGGUGGCUGAGAUAGAAAGGAACCAGACCAAACUGGAUGAGUGUCAAACUCAUUCUAAACAAUAUUGCACAGCUGUCAAGGACUAUGAGCUGCAGCUGAUGACCUUCAGAGCGUUUGUGGAGUCGACCCAGAAGACUCCAGUGAAGAGGAGGAGGAUGCACUCUUCGUCAGACACCAUCACACAGGAGUUCAUGGACCUCCGCACACGCUACACAGCCCUGGUUACCUUGACAACGCAACAUGUGAAGUACAUCAGUGAUGCCCUGAGGAGGCUGGAGGAGGAAGAGAAAGAGGUGGAGGAGGAGCGGCAGGCGCGGGUGGGGCGGGUGUCGGAGCUGCUGGGGUUGGUCAAAGGCAUCCAGGAGCGAGCCCGAGUCAUUGAAAGGUCACAGGACCAGGACCCUAAAUCAUCACUGGCAGCACAGCAGGCCAUCAACGAGCAGCUCGCUGCCAAGAAGGAGGAGGUGGCUGAGGCCAUCCGGAACACUGAGGUGUUCCUCCUGUCUAAACAGGCCAGCAUGUUGUCUCCAGAGGAGCGUGCACAGGUGAACGCCCAGCUGGAGGAGCUCACCUCCACCUACAGCCAGCUGUGCGACAGCUCCGCCCAACAGGUGCAGCAGUUGGAGCAGACGCUGGCCAAGGAGGAGCAGCGCAAGGGGCAGGCGGCUGUGGGCGGAGUGAUUGACCUGGCCACAGUGGAGACCUUUCCCGUGUUCCAGGCAGCCCAGAGGGGACUCAUCGACCAGGACACCUGCCUCAUUCUGCUGGAGGCCCAAGUCAUCACGGGGGGGCUGCUGCAGCCCAACUCCCCUGUUGGCCUAUCACUAGCUGAAGCCCAGGCUAGUGGAUUGAUUGACGGCCACGCCAGCCAGUCAGUAUCUGAGCUAGAGGCUGCACUGAACAUAAUUGACCAAACUCGGCCCAGUCUAGGUACAUUGGUCCCGGUUGCAGCAGCAAUAGAGGAGGGGCUGAUCAGGGAGGAAGUAGGAGUGCGUAUCCUGCAUCUGCAAGUGGGAACAGGCGGAGUGAGGGCAUCCUCUCAGGGGGAAGGUCAUAACCUUACAGAUGCCAUGGAGAAAGGCCUGCUGUCCCAGCGCAUCUACAACAAGCUGUGCUGCUGUGUCAACCGGCGGCAGCUGAUUGACCCAAACACUGCGGAGAAGCUAAGCCUACAAGAGCUGCUGAAGCGCUGUGUGCCUGACCCUGAGACUGGGCUGUUCCUUCUGCCUGUCAACCAACAGCCUGGAGGCAAGGUCUGUCUGCGCUCUGGCAGAAAGGUUGGCAUCUUUAGGGCGGUACAGGAGGGCCUCAUAGAUCGCCAAGUGACCAUACGGUUGUUGGAGGCUCAGCUGUUUGCCGGAGGCAUUACAGACCCACGUUCUGGUCACCGGCUCACGGUGGACGAGGCGGUCAGGCUCGGCCUGAUGGACCAUGAUCUUGCUUGCGCUCUGCUCACCCGUCAGCUUCAAGCUGGAGGGAUCCUUGAUCCAGCUAGUGGGAGGCGUCUGGAGUUGGAUGAGGCCCUCGAGAGUGAGCUGUUGUCUCCCCGCAUGGCCCUGCGUGUCCUAGAGGCGCUGGAAAACUAUACGGGGAUGCUGUGGCCAAAGUCAGGUGAGCUGCUCCCUAUCACAGAGGCCUUGCAGCAGGGCAUAGUCCCUGGAGAUCUUGCGAGGCAAAUUCUGAUUCAACGACAUGCUAUUGGUGCUCUGUACCUUCCUGAGAGCAGCCAGGUGAUCCCUCUGGAAGAAGCCACUGAGGUACUAGAGCCAAAUGUGGUGGACACACUGAUGCAGGUUGACAUUCCAGAUGUGCUGCCUGGGAUGGACCAAUCAGGUUCAGGACUGAAUCGCCUCAGCUGGAGCUCCACCCCCACUUCCUCUCCUCCACCCUCUUCUCCUCCUGCAACUCAUCCAGGGCUCUCCACCUGCACCCAGGAGGCAGCACCUGAGGAGCAGGCUCAGCAUCAGCUUGUGGCCCACUUAAGGAAGCACAGUUACAUCGAUGCUCACUCAGGCCAGCGCCUGGUCCUUCUCGAACCCGAGCUGGUGGAAUUGGCCUGUGCUGCUGAACAGAGCAGAGUUGAUCCUCAAGUCGAUGUGUCAAUGAAACAGGCACCCGAUGUAUGUAUGAGUGAUGAGACUGAGAGAGGAAAGGUUCAGAAAGAAGAAAUGACGGUGAGACAUGUAGAUGGUGAAAAAUAUGGUGAUGAAAUGGAAGAUCUAAGAACAAGUGAUGUUGAAAGAGAAGGAAUGAGGUUCUCAACCUCAGAAGAUGUUGAAGGUAUUAACAUGAGAGAUGCAAAAGUGCUGGCUGUGGAACAGGUUCUUACUGAGCCUGUUAAAGAAAGUGAGUCUGAGGAAGUCAGAAGGCUAGAGGUAGAAGGUAGGGAUGUGCAUGCCCUGGUGGAUUCUGAGGCAGGACAGGAAAAAACAGAUAUGGAAUGGACUGAAACUGUGGUUUUUGACACCGCAAAACCUAUAGAGACAGCUUGGCCUGACCAGUCUUUGUCUGAUAAGCAUAGUGAGGAGAGACUAGAACCAUCCAUAGAUACAACACAAGAGGAGGAUGUUGAGAAUGAAAGAAGCAGUGAGUUUGACCGAACAAAGCCACAAGAGACUGCUGUACAUCCUAAACGGGAACGAAAACAGCGAGACAGAGAGGGAGCUGCAGCAGAAAAUGUAACAGCAGAACAAAGUAAAGAAAACUCAGAAAUAGAGCAAAUGGCAAUGGAGCUGCAGCAAGGUGGCCUGUUAACUGAGUCUGGCAAUAGACUGCUCUUAGAUGAGGCAGUUGCUCAGGGAGUUCUCCCAGCACACACAGCUGUCAAACUCAUGGCUAAAGCGGGGCUCUUUGGGGGCUUCCUGGAUGUCACUGCCUAUGAGAGUCUCAGUGUGGAUGAUGUUGUACAAGAGGGCCUGAUGGACGAGAGCCUUCUGUCUAGUGUUCUGAAAUCAGAGAAGACUCUUGCUGGAGUGCUGGAUGUGGAUCGUGGGCGUCUCUGCACCCUCCGAGAGGCGGCCCAGAAAGGUCUUGUAGAUGAGAACACAGCCACCCGACUUCUAGAGGCACAGGUUGUGUCAGGUGGAGUGGUUGACCUCCGUAGAGAUAAGAAGGUGUCUGUGACUCUUGCAGCCAAUCUUGGCUUGAUUGAAGAAGGCCAGAAGAAGGAGCUGCUAGCUUUGGAGAAGGCAUGUCGUGGGAAAGCCGCAGACCCAAGUACAGCACUAACCAAGGCAGGAUUACAACUUCAAAUGGAUGGGGUGGUUGAUCCAAAAACCAGAGAAGUAGUGCCCCUGAAUGAAGCCCUACAGAAAGGUCUGAUCACUGGGGACGAUGCACAACAAGCCCUGUCCCAACAAGUGGCAGAAGGGGGCCUCGUACACCAUGGGUCUGGCAUGAGACUGUCUGUAGAUGUUGCUGUACAGCAGGGUCUGGUGACUGAUGAGAUGGCUCAGAACCUGGAGAAGGUUGAGAAAGCACGACAAGGAGAGGAGCCUUUUGUCUCCGCACCUGAUGCGGCUCUUUUCCAGGCAAGCACCGGUUCCGUUUUUGAUCCAGUCUCAGGAUCUAGACUAACGUUAACUGAAGCCGUUGCUCGGGACUUGUUGGAUGACAACAUUGCAAAUGCAGCCAUGACUUCACCAGGGGUGAAUAGUGGAGUUAUGGACCCGCACAGUGCUCGAAUCAUACCAUACUUGGAACUCGUGAAUCAGGCCAAGAUUGACAUUGAGACUGGAAGACGGUUCCUAGAGGUGAAACCCUUUCAAGGGAUUCUUGAUGAAAAUACCGGUGACGUACUGACCCUACCCCAGGCAGUAGAAUCACACAAUGUUGACCCAGCCCCAGCAUUUAGGAUGCUGCAGAGUCAGGCAGAUACAGGUGGGAUCAUUGAUAUCUAUAGUGGAGAACGUCUACCCUUACCUGAAGCUGUCAAUAGAGGCCUUAUUGCAGAAGACAUGGCCAAGCAAAUCGCUGCCAACCAAGUCCUUAAAGGAGGCCUGAUAGACCUGGUGAGUGGAGAGAGAGUUCAUAAUCUAAAGGAGGCAAUACAAGAUGGCUUAAUUUCCAGAGACAUGGCAGAAGCCAUUCAGGACAACUUGAGUUCCACUGAUGAGGAUGAAUAUGUUGAGGAGGAGAGUUCAGGGACACUGGUCUCAUCCACAAAUGGUUCCUGGAGUCCAUUGUGUACACCAAUAGGUUCAAGCCAAGAUAAACAGAUAAAGAAACCAGGAGAUACCAGUACUGUUUCACACUCAUUGGAUUCUACUCAGAUGGUUGAGCCUGUCUUGACUUCCAAGGAUAACGUUGAACCAUCAACAUCAGAUGAAAUUAAGCCACCACAGGUUUAUGAACAGUCACAAGACAUUGAGGGCCAAGAGUUUGACUCUUCGGAAGGAAAGGUUAUUGAAUCCGAUGUCUCAAUGGAAAUGUUGACACAGUUUGCAUUAAAUGCAGAGAAGAGGAUUCAGCAGGCUCUACUUGAAAUACAGCCGCCACAAAGCUUGGAACCUGACCUAACAACAGAACCCACUGGGCAAGAGGCUGUACUUGAAAUUCGGCAAAGCUCUGAAACUUAUCUACCCUCAAAAAGCCAUGAGCAAGACAUUAAGACCACAGAAGACUUCAAAACUGAUGUGGAGCCCUCAUCCAUGUAUGUACUCCCUACACAGGAGCCAACACAAAUAUCAGAGAUUAGGAAUCAGCUUGAUGUGGACUCCAGCGAUCAGAUAGAGUCCACUGAUACACAGAUUGAGUCCAGUGUCAUUAGUGAGACCAGAGACAUUUUAGACACAGUUGUAAGAGAAGACAUUUCAACCUCUGAAGAAAAAUUAAAGCCAUAUUCUGUAACAGCUAAGAAUGACCAGGCCUUUGAAAAAGCUGAUGAGAUCUUUAUCAAAACAAAAAGUUUGACUCAUGGGGUUGAGGGCGCAUUUGAUCAGCAACCUCAAUUCACAGAACAUUCUCCUGAGGACAGAACUGAAAAAGUGGGUGAGAUCACUCUGGAGCAAGGUGUCGGUGGCCAAACAGAAAAGAAAAAGAAGAAGAAAAAGAAAGCUGAGGCAAUUGGAGGUCCUGUUGUCAGUAUUGAAAAGCUUGAUAGUUCUGCAGCAACAGUGGUGGAAAAAUCUCUAAAGGAUGUUGCUCAAGGGGCCGAGAGAUCAUUUGAUGAGCAACCACAAACCACAAAAGAUGCUCCAGAAGACAAAGCUGAACAUGUGGAAAGUAAGAAAGUGUGUGAGAUAGCCGAAGAGCAAGUUUUUGGAGCAAAAUCAGAAAAGAAAAAGAAGAAGAAAAAGAAAAUUGAGGCUGUUGGAGAGCCUGUUGCGAGUUUGGAAAAGUUGGGUGGUUUUGCAGCCACAGAGGUGGAAAUAACAACAAAGGGUUUGGCGCAAGGUGCUGAGAGCCCAUUCAAUCAACAACCACAAAUCACGAAAGCCGUUCCCAUAGACAAAACUGAAAAUGUGGGGAGAGAAAAAGUGAGUGAGAUCACUGAAGACAAAACUAAAGAUGUAGAAAGAGAAAAGUUAGUUGAGAUCACUGAACAAGUUACUGGUGCACAGGCAGAAAAGAAAAAGAAAGCAGAGGAGAUAGAACAUGCUGUUGUGAGUUUGGAGAAGCUUGAUGAUACUGCAGCAACAGCGGUAGAAACGACAAUAACAAAAGGUUUGGCUCAAGGGGCUGAGAGUUCAUUUGAUCAGCAACCGCAAACCACAAAGGAUACUCCUAAGGACAAAACUGAAGAUGUGGAAAGAGAAAAAGUGGAUGAGAUUACUGAAGAGCAAGUUGUUGAUGGUCAGACAGAAAAGAAAAAGAAGAAGAAAAAGAAGGGAAAGAAAGGAAAGCAGCAAGUGGUUGAGGAAACGGAAGAGAAAGGAGUGCAUGACGGUAAAGAAAAAGAAAGCACAGAUGUUACAAAGUCAACUCCAGCACCUCAAGAGAAAGAAGCUUUACUCAUGAAAGCUAAGGAGAGUCUCCUGAGGAAGGUGUAUGAACGAGGAGUCAGUGAGAAGCAGGUGGGAGAGGAGCUAGAAGCUUUGCGUCAGGGUGUUUCUAAGAAGGAGCAUCAUUUUGAAGAAUCUAAGGCUGAAAAGAAACCAUCUGUGUCUCCUCCAAAGGAGAGUGAUACCAGAGAGAUAGAUCAACUGGAAGGAAAGCGUAAGGAGAGCAGUGAUCUUCCGCAAGAUUCCCAGACUCAGUUUGCUACUGUAGAAGAGUCGCAAGAGAAAAGUGAUGUAGCUGAUGUCAAGAAGAAAUCAGCAGUGGACAGUGCUUUAGGUGACAGUCUGGUCACCGCCUCCUCUGAGUUCCCUAAGGUUGAGACAGAAGAUCGGCAGAGGGACAGAAGUGAGGCAGGGCUCAAGAUUAGUGCUGCACAGAGGGUUUCAUCUCCUGAAGUUGAAGUCAUGGAGACCAAGCGCAUGGAACAGUUUGUGGAACAAAUUAUCUCGGAUCCUGAUCGGCAACCAGAAGAGCCGACUACUCCCAGAGUUGAUACAGAUCUCAUCUUCAAGGGUACUCAAGAUAUAUACGUUGAAGACUCCAAGGAUGCUCUUGUCAAAGACCAACCAGUGCCUCUAGAGAUUCGUACAGAUGAACAGGCAACUCCCUCUGAGCUCCCUGGCACUCAAAGCACACAGUUCCUGCCAAGCAAACCGGAGGUGGAGAAGGUGGGAAUUCAAGCCAUGACUGACAGCAGCAUUGACACCAAAGAGGAAGCUCAUGGUCUGGAGUCCUUAGAGGAGUCUGGGUCUUCAGUGCCAGAGAGUCAGAUCCUGGAGUCAGACACCACUGGAAAUCGGGAGGAAGAAGAGAGACUGGCUAAAGAAAAGAGUCGAGAGAUGGAAGCAGCUGAGAUGUUGAAAAAGAAGAGCGCCGCAAAGACGAGGAAGUCUUCUCUGGCUCGUCAGGAGUGCCUUGAACAUGACCAACAGAUUGUGGCCCUGCUGUCCAUGGUGAGACACAUUGAGGUUCGCCUCAAACAGCAGCAACAGCAAGCAGUGGGUCGCAGUCUUGUCGCUCUGAAUGACAUCAUCAAACAGACAGAGGCCCUGGCUCUGGAGCUGACUGAUUUGGAGCCUGAGGUUAAGAAGGAGGUGGAUUCUGCUCUGAAUCUCCUUGAGUCCUGUUCAGAUGAAGUCCCUCCUCAGCUGAUGAAGGCUUUGGAAAAGGAUGGGCGGAGCCUAGCUCGCUCUUAUGAAGCUGCAAAAGAGCUAUCACAGAAUGCUUUGCAAGGCCUGAAAGAUCACCGUGAUUCCCAAAAGGAGGCUGUGAGGGCGGAGCUUCAGUCUCUUGGGCAGCGUGUAGAGGGACUGCUCUCCUGGCUCAGUGACACAGAGGCACAGAUGGGAGAGACUGAGGGACUGACCAGGGAAGACAGUAGUCCUCAACAACUCACACAAAGGCUGCAGCUCUGCAAGGAACUGCAGGAUCUGCUCAGUGCUCGGUCCAGUGAUGUGAGCUCGGUGGGGCUGGACAUCCAGGAGUUCAUCUCGGAGCACGCCCAGGACCUGCAGCCAGAGCAAAGCAGGCAGCUACUGGGGCAGCUGCAGCAGCUUCAGGGGGCCUUCCACCAGGCCGCUGGCCGUACACACGCCCGAGCCGAGGCCCUCUCCGCCCAAAGAGCGAGGGAACAGGAGAGAGAACGGCAGGAGAAGAAGAGGGAGGAGGAGGAGAAGGAGAAGAAGAGAGCGACAGAGAGCAGCAGGGAGAGAGAGGUGGUCCAGCAGCAGAAGGCGGAAUGUUCCCAGAAGUUAGAAGGCCUGUCCAUGUGGUUGGCCGGAGCGGCCAGCCUAUUGGCCAGUCAGAAGAAGGUUGGAGCAGAGUCAGGAGAUGUGAACCAGCUGCAGCAGACACAGAAGGAAUUAAAGGACGUGCAGAAAGACCUGAAGACCAAAGGAGAGUCUGUGAUGGAGGCCAUUCGCUCAGUGGAGGAGUUCCUGGCCGAGCGCGGGGACACCCUGAGCCCAGAGGAGCGUGCCAACCUGCAGGGGUCACUGGCCCGCAUGAAGGAGCAGUACCACUCGCUGACCGACACCACCCACUCGUCCCUGGCCCGGCUGGACACGGCCAUCAGCACCACAGUCCAGCAGAACACGCAGAGAGCAAAGGCAGUAGAGGACUUGCAGGAAACUCAGGGGAAAAUUAACUCGCUGAUGAAGGAGCUGUCCUCAUUGGACCAGCCUGACCGGAGGCGGUCACUCGGAGAGACGAUCACUGAUUCUGCAUCCUCCCCUGCAUCGCAGGGCAGCCUGCAAUCUCACAGUGGCAUGCUACAGGCUGAGUUGCAGCAGCUCCAGGAGCAGCAGGCUCACCUGCUGCAGGUGUCCCAGUCGGCGCGCGAGCUGCUGGCCCAGCCGGACUCGGCCGUGCCGCCGGAGGAGAAGCAGCGGCUGCGCGCGCAGCUGGACCGGCUGCAGAGCGAGCACCAGGAGCGGCUCCAGCGCUGCCGGGACCGGCUGCGGCGGGCCGACGCCCUGCUGGACGAGCACGCCAAGUUCCUGCAGGAGCACGGAGACCUGGCCGCCUGGCUGGACACCAGCGAGGGCCAGCUCCGCUCCCUGGGGGAAGGAGAGACCAACGCACAAGGGCUUAAGGAACGGCUAGAAGAGCACAAAAAGUUGGCGGAGGAUGUGAUCUGUCACAAGGCAGACCUGCGCUUCGUGUCCAUCUCGGGGCAGAAGGUGCUGGACUCGGUCCAGGGUGCGCUGGAGAGGGUCGGUGGGGAAGACCCGGCCCUGGAAGAGACCAAACAAAUAGUCAGCGACCGGCUCCAGGAUGCCACGCAGCGUUACAGUGCACUACACAGCAAGUCCUCUGACCUGGGCACCCGUCUGAGUGGACUCCUUGACCGGUACCAGCAGUACCAGGACGACGCAGCGUCGCUGGAGACGUGGCUGACGGCACAGGAGAAGACCCAGAGCAGCCUCAAGCCCAGUGCAGAGCACACAGACACACAGGCUCUACAGAACUCACUACGCACCGUACAGCUGUUGCAGGACGAGCUGGCGGAGCGCUCGGUGCAGCUGGAGAGGGUGAAGCGGGCCGGCCGCGAUCUGACCAGCGCCCAGGAGACGCCCACCCUCAAGGCCGCGGACGUCCUCGGCACCACAGAGCGUCUGGGGGGUCGUUUCGGCUCUCUGUCGGAGUCGGCGUCGGCCCGCGCGGAGCAGCUCCAGACGGCCGUGGCCCAGUCGGUCAGCGUGCUGGAGGGGCUGAGAACGCUGCUCUCCUGGCUCAAUGGGCUCGCGCUGGCCCCAGGCCCGGUCCAGCCCACUGUCCAAGCCGUGCAAGAGGCACUCACUCAGAACCAGAAACUGCGUCAGGAGCUGCUGUCGCACCAGGGCAGCGUCGAUUCCACGCGCGACUCCGUGUCCCGGCUCCUUCAGACAUCAGACGCCACGGCGGCCUCCGGCCUCCAGGGGGAGCUGCAGGAGCUGAGUCAGCGCUACAGCGCGGCCCAGUCCCAGCAGACGGAGCGGGAGGCGGCGCUCCGGGAGCUCCUGCCCAAGCUGGAGAGCUUCGAGCGCCUCAACGGCGACCUGCGCAGCUUCACCCAGAGCCACCAGAGGGCGCUCAGCCCUGCAGGACAGCCAGACCGCAGCGUGGAGGAUUACAGACAGGCCAUAGAGGGCAUAAGAUCAGACCUCUCACAGGAGGCCGGCCAGCUGAAGUCGUUUGUGGAUCUGGGCAAAGACCUCAGUCAGGCGGCUACCCUCACAAACACACAAAGCCUUCUAGACGCAACCAAAGAGGUGACCGAUGAGUUCACCCUGCUGGAGGCCAAUGUCAACGACAGGUUCAACGCUCUGCAGAACUGUGAACAGCAGCUGGCUCAGUUCCGUUCGCUCUCCGGCUCCCUCCUCAGGUGGCUGCAGGCAUCGCAGGAGCAGCUGCCUGCCAAAGAGCCCAGCCUCAACACUGAAGCGCUGCAGAGGAGGGUACAGCAGCUGGAGGAGCUGCUGGACCAGUGGAAGGCCCAGGGUGGCCGUGUGCAGGAGCUGAGUCGCAACAGCUCCGAGCUGGAGAGCCUCAUCAUCAGCAUCACCACGCCCCACGGCAAGACCGGUGUGCCACAGGUUAAUGGUGCCAGCAGCCCCAGCAGUGUCAAUGGCAUACACACCUGUAAAGACCUGACCGAGAUCCAGGUGGCCGUGGCGGACGUGACCAGUCGCCACGAGCAGCUGGGGGCGGAGCUGACCCAGAGGCGGGACUCCCAGCGGGCGUCGCUGGAGCUGCGCGAGCAGGCGAGGGCGGGGACGGAGACGCUCUCCCAUUGGCUGAGCGAGCGCGAGCAGAGCCUGGCCGUCGGGCAGGCCGCCUCCCCGUCACGGCCGGAGGUGGUGCGGGCCCAGGCGCAGGAGAACAAGGCACUGCUAUCAGAGCUGGCGGAGCAGUCUGGGAAGGUGGAGGAGCUGAAGAGCACUUUGAAGAAGCUGAUCGCAGAGAACCCAGAUUCUCCUGAGGUAGAGACCUGGAAGCAGCAACUCCGGGACAUUGACUCGCGCUGGGAGAAGGCCAAUCAGACGGCAGCUCAGAGGCAGGCCGAGCUGGAGACGUGUGCUGAUAGGCUGGGCAGUUUUGCGACGGCCGCCAGUCAGCUCGGCCCGUGGCUCAAGGAGAAGGAGCUGAUGAUGAGCGUGUUGGGACCACUGAGCAUCGACCCCAACAUGCUCAACACACAGAAGCAGCAAGUGCAGUUCAUGCUGCGCGAGUUCGAGACGCGCAAGCCGCAGUUCCAGCAGCUGACGCAGGCGGCCGACGGCAUCCUGUCCCCGGGCGAGUCCCCCCGGCAGCAGGGCGGCGACUCCUCGGAGCUGGCGGAGGUGCGCGCCGAGCUGGCCGACAUCUCGCAGCAGUGGGAGGGCCUGACCUCGCGGCUGGCCACGCGCUCGCGGCACAUCCAGAGCGCCCAGGGCACCAGCGGGCGGCUCCAGGGCCUGCUGGAGGAGCUCGGCGAGCGGGUCGGGGCGCUGGGAGAGCGCCUGGACGUCCAGGGCUCGCUGAGCGCCCAGCCCGAGGCGCUGCGGCGGCGGCUGCGGGAGACGGGCGAGGUGCGGGCCGAGCUGGAGCGGCGGCGCGGCCAGAUGGCCGAGGCCCAGAAGCUGUGCGACGAGCUGAGCGGCAUCGUGGCCGAGCCGUACCUCCGCGACGAGCUCCAGAAGAGGCUGGCCAGUGUCAGUGGGCCCCUCAGGAACCUGGAGGACAGAGCUGCGGACGGCCUGUCACAGCUGCAAGCUGCUCUGUCCAGCACGCAGCAGUUCCAGCAGAUGUUUGACGAGCUGCGCAGCUGGCUGGACGCGAACGAGGGGAUCACGCAGACGGGCUCGGGCUCGGACUCGGACGCUCUCCCCUGCCGCGCGGAGGCGCUGCGCGAGCUGCUCGUCCAGCACGAGGAGGUCCAGCGCGGCGUGGCCCAGCAGAGGGGUCACUACGAGCUCGUCCAGGCCGAGGGGGCCACGCUGCUGGCCUCGCUGCCCGCCGGCGGAGAGGAGCGGGCGGCUCUGCAGGCCCGGCUGACCGCGCUGAGGCAGGACUGGGACCGGACCAACCAGCGGCUGAAUGAGCGGCAGGCCCGGCUGAAGGACACGCUGACCGGCGCCGAGCGGUACCGGCAGCAGCGGGGCGACCUGGAGCCGUGGCUGGCCGAGAGCGAGCGCCGCGAGGCCGAGGUGCGUCCGGCGCUGGACGCGGCGUCUCUGGACGAGGCCCUGCAGGCCGUCCGGCAGCUCGGCCUGGACCUCGAUCGCCGCCGGCCGCGACUGGACGCUCUCAACGCCGCCGCCGACCAGCUCCUGGAGCUGAGCCGCGCCGGCGAGGAGGAGAUCCGCGACGAGAAGGCCGACCUCAACCGCCGCGCCGACGGGCUCUCCGAGCGCGUCCAGGCCCGCGCGGCCCAGCUGGACGAGCUGACCGGACGCCUGCGCGAGUUCGAGGACGGACGGCAGGCGGUGGAGCGGAGGCUGGAGGCCGCCCGGCACCAGAUCGAGGUCCAGGAGGCGCUGGGGCCGCAGGCGUGCAGCCAGAAGAGUCUGGAGAGGCUCCGUGGCCAGCAGGAGGCGCUACGCUCGCUGGCGUCGCAGGUGUCCUACCUGAAGGACCUGGCGCGGGGGCUGGUGCAGGACGCUCCGCUGACCACUGGGGGCGCCGACGAGGGCGCCCAGAGACUGCAGCAGCAGGCCCAGGGCACCGAGAGAGAGUUCGGAGACGUCAACGAGAAGCUUGAGCAGUGCUGCUCGUCUCUGGAGUCGCGUCUUCACGGCGUGGGCGAGGUCCAGUCUCGCGUGCGCGACGUGUUCUCGCGCCUGGCUGACCUGGACGACGAGCUGGACGGCCUGAGCCCCGUGGGGCGCGACGCCGACUCGCUGGCCUCUCAGGCGGAGGCCGUGCGGGGGUUCCUGGGCCGCGUGGCGACCCUCCGCGCCGACCUGGAGGGCCACGGCGGCGACUGCACGGCCAUGCUGCGCCGCGAGGGCAGCUCGCCCGACCUCCUGGCCCUCCGCCGCGAGACCGAGGCCCUCAGCCGCCAGGCCGGCAAGCUGGCCGAGAGGGGCCAGGCGCGCCUCGGGCAGAUCGAGGCGGCCGGCGAGCGCGUGGGCGACUUCUACGAGCACGUGGGCAAGCUGCAAGGCCUGCUGGGACAUGCGGAGGAUAGCUUGGCGGCGCAGGGCGCCGUGGGGACAGAGGUGGAGGUCAUCAAGCAGCAGCUGCAGGACUUCAAGGCUCUGGAACGGGAGCAGGUGGACAGCAUCCAGCCCAAGCUCCAGCAUGUGAAUGCGGUCGGUCAGGGUCUUAUCCAGAGCGCGGCCAAACACACUGACACGCAGGCACUAGAGCAUGACCUGGAGACGACCAACCUGCGCUGGAACUCGCUCAACAAAAGGGUGGCUGAGCGCAUCGCCCAGCUCCAAGAAGCGCUGUUGCAUUGUGGGAAGUUCCAGGAUGCACUUGAGCCUCUGCUGAGCUGGCUCAGUGACACGGAGGAGCUCAUAGCCAAUCAGAAGCCUCCGUCGGCCGAGUACCGGGUGGUCAAGGCACAGAUCCAGGAGCAGAAACUCCUGCAGCGUCUCCUUGACGACCGGCGGGGCACCGUGGAGAUGAUCCGGGCGGAGGGCGCGCGCAUCGCCGUCACGGCCGAGACGCAGGACCGAGACAAGAUCGAGAAACAGCUGGAGAGUCUGGGCCAGAGGUGGUGCGACCUGUUGGAGAAGGCCAGCGCCAGGCAGAGGCAGCUGGAGGAGUUGCAGGUGCUGGCUCUGCAGUUCCAUGAGGCCGUGGAGCCUCUCGGGGAGUGGCUUAGUGCCACAGAGCGACGCCUCACCACAGCCGAGCCAAUGGGAACACAGACCUCCAAAAUCACCCAGCAGAUCGCUCGGCACAAGGCGCUCAAAGAGGAAAUUACAUCACGGGGGGUGGAGGUGCAACACCUGGAGUCUGUGGGCCAAUCGCUGACCCCGCUGAGCAGCCCCGCAGACCGCGAUUGGCUGCGGGAGCGCGUGGGGGCGGUGCGCACUGGCCACAGCGAGCUGCUCGAGCGCUGCUUGCGGCGAGAGGCUAUGCUGGAGCAGGCGCUGGCCAACGCCCAGCUGUUUGGCGAGGACGAGGUGGAGGUGCUCAACUGGCUGGCCGAGGUGGCGCAGAGGCUGGCCGAGGUGUCGGUCCAGAGCUACCUGCCCGACCAGCUAGCCCAGCAGCACAAACACACACUGUCCCUGAAUGAGGAGAUCGUCAGUAGGAAGAAGACCGUUGACCAGGCCAUCAAGAAUGGACAGGCCCUACUGAAGCAGACUACAGGCGAGGAGGUGCUGUUGAUCCAGGAGAAGCUGGACGGCAUCAAGAGCCGCUACGCCGAGAUGACGGCGGGGAGCAGCAAGGCGCUCCGCACCCUGGAGCAGGCGCUGCAGCUGGCCACGCGAUUCGCUAGCGCCCACGAGGACAUCAACCAAUGGCUGGACACCGUGGAGACCGAGCUCAACAACAUGGAGCCGGACAACACGCCGGCCUAUCAGGACAGGCAGAAGGAGCUGAAGUGUGUGGGCGCUGAGAAACGCCUGGUCCUGGACACGGUCAACGAGGUGGGCAGCGCCCUGCUGGACCUGGUGCCCUGGAGGGCCCGGGAGGGGCUGGACCGCCUGGUGGCCGACGCUAACCAGCGCUACCGCCAGGCCGACGAGACCAUCGCCCAGAGAGUGCAGCAGGUUCAAGCUGCCAUCCAGAGGUCACAGCAGUACGAGGAGGCCAUCGACGCCGAGCUGACCUGGCUUGGGGAGACGGAGCGUAAACUGGUGUCUUUAGGACCCCUCAGCCUGGAGCCCGACGUGACGGUGGCCCAGAUGCAGGUCCAGAGGGCCUUCAACAUCGACAUCAUCCGCCACAAAGACACCAUCGACCAGCUGAUCAACUCCCGAGAGGAGAUCCUGGAGACCUGCAGCGACCAGCAGAAGGACACGCUGAACGUGAAGACCGACUCGCUGAGUGCGCGGUACGAGGCGGUGAGCCAGAGUCACUCGGAGCGGUUCUCUGCACUGGAGCAGGCCCAGGUUCUGGUGGCCCGGUUCUGGGAGACCCAUGAGGAGCUGGACCCCUGGCUGGGUGAGACUGAGGCCAUGAUCAGCCAGCUGCCCCCUCCAGCCAUCGACACCGAGGCCCUGCGUCAACAACAGGACCAGAUGAGGCUGCUGAGGGAGUCCAUCGCGGAGCACAAGCCCCACAUCGACAAGCUGCUGAAGAUCGGCCCGCAGCUGGCGCAGCUGAGCGCCCAGGAGGGGGCGGCAGUGAGGCAGCGCUACACCAGCGCAGAGCAGCGCUACCAGGCCAUCAAGGCGGAGGUCAAGGGUCGCGCCGGCGCCCUGGACGAGGCCGUGUCCCAGUCCACUCAGUUCCACGAUAAGAUGGACCCCCUGCUGGAGACUCUGGAGGGGGCGGUCCAGAGGCUGAGGCUGCCCCCGCCGGUGGCCGCCGAGGUGGACAAGAUCCGGGAGCAGCUGGCCGACCACCGGGCCUCGGGGCUGGAGCUGGACAAACUGCUGCCCUCCUUCAGCGCCCUGUGUGCCCGCGGGGAGGAGCUAAUCACGCGCGCCUCACACAACGACCCCGCCGCCCAGGCGGUGCGCGCUCGUCUGCUGCGGCUGCGCUCGCUGUGGGAGGAGAUCCGGGGGCGUGCGGAGGAGCGCGAGGGCAAGCUGCAGGACGUGCUGGACCUGGCCGGGAAGUUCUGGGCCGACAUGGCGGCGCUGCUCAGCACGCUGCGCGACUCGCAGGACAUCGUCAAGGAGCUGGAGGACCCCGGCGUCGACCCCUCGCUCAUCAAGCAGCAGAUCGAGGCGGCAGAGGCGAUAAAGGCGGAGACGGACGGUCUGAGGGAGGAGCUGGAGAUCGUGCGGACGCUGGGCGCCGACCUCAUCUUCGCCUGCGGGGAGACCGAGAAGCCCGAGGUCAAGAAGACCAUCGAUGAGAUGAAUGCGGCGUGGGAGGGCCUGAACCGCACGUGGCGCGAGCGGAUGGAGCGACUGGACGAGGCGAUGACCGCUUCGGUGCAGUACCAGGAUGCCUUGCAGGGCAUGUUUGACUAUCUGGACAACGCCGUGAUCAAGCUGUGCGAUAUGCCUCCGGUGGGGACCGACCUGAGUACCGUCAAACAGCAGAUAGAGGAGCUCAAGCAAUACAAAGUGGAGGUGUAUCAGCAGCAGAUCGACAUGGAGAAGCUCUGCCACCAGGGGGAGCUGUUGCUCAAGAAAGUGACCGACCAGACCGACAAAGACAUGAUCCAGGAGCCGCUGACUGAACUGCGCCACCUGUGGGACAACCUGGGCGAUAAGAUCACGUUCAGACAGCACAAGCUGGAGGGCGCCCUGCUGGCCCUGGGUCAGUUCCAGCACGCGCUCGCGGAGCUGCAGGCCUGGCUGAGCCACACUCACGCCACGCUGGACACCCAGAGGCCCAUUGGCUCCGACCCCAAAGCCAUCGAGAUCGAGCUGGCCAAGCACCAUGUCUUGAGAAACGACGUGCUGUCGCAUCGCUCCACGGUGGAGACGGUGCACGGGGCGGGCGCGGAGCUGCUGGAGUCCAGCCCCGGGGACGAGGCCAGCCACCUGAGAGACCAGCUGGACGAGCUCAACGCCAGCUGGGCACGGCUGCUCACCAAGGCCGAGGAGCGGCAGAAACUUCUGGAGGCGGCGCUGCAUCAGGCGGAGGGUUUCCAUGGUGAGCUGGAGGAGUUUCUGCAGUGGCUGCGGCGGACUGAAAGCCAGCUGUCUGCUGCCAAACCGACUGGAGGCCUUCCUGAGACGGCCCGCGAGCAGCUACAACAACACAUGGAGCUGCAGGAGCAGCUGACCCAGCGGGGCGAGAUGUACCACCGGCUCCUGGACCAGGGCGAGUCCAUGCUGCUGGCCCGCGGCGGGGACGAGGGCGGGCCGGGCGUCACCCAGACCCAGCAGAACCUGGCCGUGCUGCAGAACAAGUGGGCCAGCCUCAACACCAAGAUGGACGACCGAAGGGCUAAACUGGACGAGGCGGUCUCCCUGGCCACAGGCUUCCAGUCGUCCCUGCAGGACACCAUCAACUGGCUGACCCAAGCAGAACAGACCCUGAACAUGGCCCAGCCCCCCAGCCUCAUCCUGGACACCGUGCUCUUCCAGAUCGAUGAGCACAAGGUGUUUGUGAAUGAGGUGAACACCCACCGCGAGCAGGUUCUGGCCCUGGAGAAAGCCGGCUCUCAGCUUCGUUUCGCCAGCCUGAAGCAGGACGUGGUUCUGAUCAAGAACCUCCUCCUGAGCGUGCAGGCGCGCUGGGACAAGCUGGUGCAGCGCUCGCUGGACCGGGGCCGCCACCUGGACGAGGCCCGCAAGAGGGCCAAGCAGUUCCAUGAGGCCUGGAGGAAGCUGUCGGACUGGCUGGAGGAGGCCGAGAGCAGGCUGGACUCUGAGCUGGAGAUCUCCAACGAGCCGGACAAAAUCAAAGUGCAGCUGGCCAAGCACAAGGAGUUCCAGAAGGCUCUGGGCUCCAAGCAGCCGGUGUACGACACCACGGUGCGCUCGGGCAGGGCCAUGCGUGACAAGGCCUCCCUGGCCGACGACACCCAGAAGCUGGAGCACCUGCUCGGGGAGGUGCGGGACAAGUGGGACACCGUGUGUGGCAAGAGUGUGGAGAGGCAGCACAAGCUGGAGGAGGCGCUGCUGUUCUCGGGUCAGUUUGCGGAGGCCCUGCAGGCGCUAGUGGACUGGCUCUACCGGGUGGAGCCGCAGCUCGGCGAGGACCUGUUCGUGCACGGAGACCUGGACCUGGUCACCAAUCUCAUGGACUCACACAAGGCCUUCCAGAAGGAGCUGGGAAAGAGGACGAGCAGCGUCCAGGCGCUGAAGCGCUCGGCCCGCGAGCUGAUGGAGACCGGCCGCGACGACACCGCCUGGGUCAAAGUUCAACUGCAGGAGCUUAGCAACCGCUGGGACACCGUGUGCGCGCUGUCGGUCAGCAAGCAGACUCGUCUCCAGCAGGCGCACAAGCAGGCUGAAGAGUUCCGCGUGGCGGUGCAGAGCCUGCUGGAGUGGCUGUCGGAGGCGGAACAGACGCUGCGGUUCCGCGGCGUUCUGCCCGAGGACGUGGAGACGCUGCAGGCGCUGCUGCGGGGUCACCGGGAGUUCAUGCGGACGGUGGAGGAGAAGCGAGGCGACGUGACCCGCGCGGCGGGAAUGGGAGAGGCCAUCCUGACCGUCUGCCACCCCGACUGCAUCACCACCAUCAAGCACUGGAUCACCAUCAUCAGGGCGCGCUUCGAGGAGGUGCUGACGUGGGCCAAACAGCACGAGCAGCGUCUGGACACGGCGCUGAAGGAGCUGCAGCACAACGCAUCGCUGCUGGAGGAGCUGUUGUCAUGGCUACAGUGGGCAGAGACCACUCUGGUUCAGCGGGACACGGAGCCCCUCCCCCAGGACAUCCCUCAGCUCAAGUCACUAAUCACGGAGCACCAGGUGUUUAUGGAGGAGAUGACCAGGAAGCAGCCCGAUGUGGAUCGCGUCACCAAAACGUACAAGAGGAAACCGUCCGACACCCCCAGCAGCCUGGCCGAGAGGCGCGGAGCUCGUAAACACCAGCAGCAGCAGCAGCAGCAGCAGCCCGCGGUGCAGGUGGCGGGCGGCAACCCUCGGCUCACGCAGCUGUGCUCGCGCUGGCAGCAGGUGUGGCUCCUGGCCCUCGACCGCCAGCGCAAACUCAACGACGCCCUCGACAGGCUGGAAGAGCUCAAGGAGUUUGCCAACUUUGACUUUGACGUCUGGCGGAAGAAGUACAUGCGCUGGAUGAACCACAAGAAGUCCCGCGUCAUGGACUUCUUCAGACGCAUCGACAAGGACCAGGACGGCAAGAUCACACGGCAAGAGUUCAUCGAUGGCAUCCUGGCCUCAAAGUUCCCCACCAGUAGGUUGGAGAUGUCCGCUGUGGCUGACAUCUUUGACCGCGACGGUGACGGUUACAUCGACUACUACGAGUUUGUGGCAGCGCUGCAUCCCAACAAAGACGCCUACAGACCGACCACCGACGCAGAUAAAAUCGAGGACGAGGUCACCAGGCAGGUGGCACAGUGUAAGUGUGCCAAGCGGUUCCAGGUCGAGCAGAUCGGAGAGAACAAGUACAGGUUCUUCCUUGGAAACCAGUUUGGGGACUCCCAGCAGCUGCGUCUGGUGCGGAUCCUACGUAGCACCGUCAUGGUGCGUGUGGGUGGAGGCUGGAUGGCUCUGGACGAAUUCCUGGUCAAGAAUGACCCGUGCCGAGUGCAACAUCCUGGACUUAAAAUCCUUCGCUCCGACUCCAGCAGCUCCAUCUCAUCUCGUCUAGCUCGAGGGCGGACCAAUCUGGAGCUGCGGGAGAAGUUCAUCCUGCCGGAGGGGGCCACGCAGGGCCUGGCGGCGUUCCGUUCGCGGGGCCGGCGCUCCAAGCCUUCGUCCCGCAACGCGUCUCCCACGCGCUCCUCCUCCUCGGCCUCCCAGAGCGCCCACAGCUGCGCCUCCCUGCCCUCUGCACCCGCCACGCCCACCGCCUCCUCCAGGUCGUCCCAAUCUCACUCGCGGGGCUAUGCCAAGCCCUGGCUGGCACACAGUAAAACGCCAACACCCACCAAGUGCCAGUCCUGUCCAGAUCACACUGCCCACACCCCAGGGCAAGAGGGAGGAGCGUCGUCCAAGCUGCGGCGUCCGGCAUUCCACUCCAGCCGAGGGUCACUGACGGGGGAGAACGGAGGGGCCACACCCGCAUCCAAGGGACGCCCAGACUCCAAGCGCACCCCGUCCUCCGCCAGCGGACCGGCCAGCCGGGCAGGGAGCCGCGCCGGGAGCCGCGCCAGCAGCCGGAGGGGCAGCGACGCCUCGGACGCCUCUGAGCUCCUGGAGACGCGCUCGGCCUGCUCGGACACCUCGGACACCCCGCGCCGGCCCGGCAGCAGCGGCAGCAGCAAGCCCUCCAAGAUCCCCACCAUCUCCAAGAAGGCGCCGAGUCCCAAGACGCCCGCCGCCGGGAAGAAGUAGCAGCAGCAGCGGCCGCCGUCUCGACGACGACUCUCUCCUUCGGGUCCCUCGGCGACGCGGAGGAAGAAGGAAGCGCCCCCUCAGCACAUACGCUUCGACAAACAAACACACACACACACACACACACACACACACACACUUCUGCGUCCGCGAGGAGGAUAGCCAGCUACGGUGGCCCGGAGAGACCAGCACACACAAGGCCGGGGCCAGACGUCCGUGAACUGAUCCCUAACCAGACCCAGUCUGCCCCCGCCCCUCCACCCCUCUCCCUCUCCUCCUCCACUCAUGCGGGAGACGGGAGAGGCUGCUGCUGCUCCGUGACCCCCCACCCCCACAACCACCCCCCCCCCCCACCGCCCGCCGCUCUGACUAACUAACGGUAGAACCACAGGAUGCUGCCUUAUUUGUGUUUCUCAUUGUCCUUACUAUUCGAUCCGUCGUCCUUACUUACUUAACACCUUACAGACCUUUUUUUGUUUCGUUUUCGUUCCCCUUUUGAGCGGGUUACUGAUUCUUCAGCACAUGCACUUGGACUAUCUGCCUGUCCCACACAGACAAAACACGCGCGCAGCGACACACACAACUGUACACUACCCUACAGCACAACUGGUCCAGGACUAUCCGGGGUAGAGGGAAAGACAGUGGGUGACCCGUUCUGUUUGACCGAUUGAUCCAUGAACUGGCCGAUCCAGAGGAAGGAGGAGUCUUGGUGCGUGACCAGCAUCUGAAUGCAAAUUAGACGGUGCAGGACUACAAAACCAGCCCACGGGAGGAGAGGAGAAGUACCUCACAUCACUGGGACAUGACAGGGUCCAUUAUAUGUCCAUAUG